AUGGCUGGUUUGCAUGGUCAUGUUAGACAAUCAUCACGAUUCUCCUUUGUGAAUGAUGCCAACGCAAAAAACGCAGCCAACCAAAGACUCGUCAAUCAGCAGACGUCUACCAUGCAGGCUACUACCCCAAAUCCCCUUAAUGCACCGACUAGCCAACAUGGUUUGGGAAAUCAUUACUUUGUUAGUGGGGUUCAAGGCCCUCCUCCAGGUUUGAAAACCGCAGGCACUCCUCCAAUCAGUGGCGGGGGCAUGUUCGCUCAAGGACACGGUUUCACUAGCACAAUGAAUAGCAGUCUCAGUCUUGGAGCCAAGCAAGAUUCCAACCCUGACCUUAUGCGUGAGCUUAUGCGCGGUCGAAGCGGCACUAGUGGUGGUGGUGGCAUUCAGGCGCACGAGGCUGCUAAGAGUGAGUUCAUGUUCCCCUUUAUUCAAAUGCACAACACACCCCCUCCCCUGGCUCCCGUAUCUGGCCUUCUCAGCUCUCUCUAUGGUCAUCAUGCUGGGUCCCACCAAGACUCCGGGCCACAGAAGCAGAGGAAGAGGGGGAAGAAGCACAGACACGCUAACACUUCCUCCGGUGGAGGCGGUGUAGUAGAUCUUGCGGACCCGAGUAUUUUGCAGGCUAGAAUGCACCAAAGUGCUGCUAGUGCUACCCCUGGGCAGGGACUGUACGGGAGCCAGGGUCAAGGUGGGUACAACCACUCCAGCAUGGUCUAUGGCGGAGGCUUUGGCCGAUGGUGA